GACUACGAAAAUAAUUUAAAUAUAUCUCAAAUGUCCUGUUUGCAGUGAUAAUGAAGCAUACUGGCUACAUCUCGUAAAUGUCUUCAAACAGUGGGUAUAACAAAUGUAUACGUUCGAACCACUAUAGGGAAAUACAAAAAUAAGAGAUAAUCCUGUACCCCCAGAGCAGUUGGCUCGCACUUUUGAUUUUGAUUUGCAAGUAUCGCUUUCAGAAAACUGCUGUUUCAUUUUUUUUUCCGCAUUUUUGAGGGUAAGGAGACAGCAUGGCAGAUACAAACCCAGAGCAGGUGUGUGUUUUAAGUAAAACAGAAGGAAGUACAAAAGUCACAGACCAAGAGGAUACAGAGACUCCAGAGGUUUUUACUGUGACUUGGAUGCCAGAUGAUCAUAUCAGUGAGUUAACUUAUAUUUUACAAGGGUCACCUGCAGAUAGGGUAGAGAGAGUUUUAGUGCAUUAUGUGGAAGGAAGUAUAGAACCAGCUGGAUGGCGAGCAAUUUGGUCUGUUACAGCCAGACAGUCGAGCUCCUUCCUGAACUUGUAUCACUGUGCUGAUAUCCUUGUGGAUGUUGUAAAUGUAAGCCAUGAAAAACUACUGGCAGAUGUCACAAUUCUUGACCCAAUUAAGAUUCCCAGUAGUGAACAUGACCAACAGUUAAUCAAGCAAGCAAAGGGGACUGUGAUAAGUAUACCACUGAUGCAGUUGUAUCCAAUUGCUGAUCAAGAGAACUGUUUGAUUGAUAUCAACACAACAACUGAAGUGGUGGAACAAGUUAGAUUUUUCUAUGAACACAUAUGGCGAGCUUGGGAUCUAGAAGAAGAAAAUAUCUGUUACACUAGUUCUCUGAUUGCUGCUCGUUUCAAGUUAUAUCAAGAUAUAGAAAAUGGUAUCAUACCAGCAGCAGUUGCUUCAGAGUUACGAAGUCUAGUGAAGAAGGCACUCUCAGUAAGGCAAGAAAUUGAAAGAAUUGAGGCUUUGACAGAAAGUGAAGAUCCAGACUCAGAUGUUGACCAAAGGGAUGUUGUUCAGCUCAUCAAACUGCACCAACAGAUGGAAAAACUUAGGUCACGCUAUGAUUCUUUGCAAGAUCCAGUAUUAAGGAUGCUAUCAAGAGACCAACAGGACAUUGAAUGGUUUGAAUGCCAGGACAAAAAGAAAAAGGGAUCCCCUAUUAAGAUAGUUGUGGAUUCAAUGACCUGCACUGAACUGGCUCUUGAGAUGGCAAAAUUACCUGACCUCAUUAAAUCUUUAAAAAAGGUGCCUGAAGAUAUUUCAUGUCAGUCUUUCCCAACACUACAAUUAGCACUGGAUGAGUCCAUGAAAGGAGAUAUUAUAGUGCUCCUCAGUGGAACUCAUUCACUUCAGCAUCUUGGGCUUAUCAGUUAUGGUGGUAUUAUAGUCGGCCUAGGUGAUAAUGUUGUUAUUGAAGGGAGUGAAGGCACAGGCGAUGUGUUGAUUGACACAAAUGGAGAUUUUGUGCUGCAAAAUCUGACCAUAAGACCAUCUGAAGGUCAGGUGGGGAUUGCUCAUCAUAAAGGCAAUAUCAAGCUCAGUGAUAUAUGUUUAAAAGGUGGUAAAGAUGGAGUACUGGGAAUUGGAUCAACGGAGUCUGAUAUAGAAAGAACAGUUGUACAGGAUUGCAGUGGAACUGGGAUGAUCUUCAGAGAAGGUACACGCGUUUCUCUGUCAGGUUGUACUGUCACUAAGUGUGAUAUUGGCCUUCAGUUUGAAGAACAAGCCAAGGUGAGCCUUACCAGAACCAACAUUAAAAAUAAUUCCAGUUAUGGUGUUCAUGUUGUCUGGCCAGAAGGUUCAAAUAUAUCAAGAUUUGACACAAUUCCCCAAACAGAACUUUUGGAAUGUCUUUCGCAAGAAUUUGAAGAAAAUGUGAUUGAGAACAAUGGGAUUAAUGUUGCUGUUGUAACUGCCGAAGGCAAAGGUGACACACAUGCCUCUCCAUCUCGGUUCACAGCUCUUCGACAUCAUCACUCAAGAGGGUCAAUGGACUCGGGCUGUGAUUUCCUUGAUAAUGUAAGCUGAGAUUUAACCUCUAAAUAAUGGUCCAUAUGAUCCUUUCAUAUAAACAGGUAAUUUUUUUCUUUGGCUUUAACUUACAAUAUAGAAUUUUUUAUAUUUUCAUUAAUGGUACAUAUAUUCUUGAAAUAUACCAUAUACGUUGGUUUUAAGAUGAAAUUUGAAACUUAAAUAUCACCUAAACCCAUGUAGUUUAAAAGCUUAAAAUCCAGUUUUUAUUAUAGUUUUACCAACAGUGAUUGAGACAACUUUAAAGGACUCCCAUUAAUUAUCUGGUCCUGUUACCUAAUAUUCGAAACAUGUGAUGAAUGAUAUUUGAAAUUAUCAGUAGAAGCUAAUAGCAACAACUGACAAACACUAUCAAACAAAAUGAUCAAAGCCUAAAUAUCAGGUGAAAGUUAUGAUUCCUUGCACGUCCACUUAUAUGGUAGCUUUUCACCCAUUAAUGCCUAGCACAUAUUAAUAAUGAGAAGUUAGUAAAUCUGUUAUAUGUAUUUGUGUAUUAAUAUAGAUAUGUUUAGUAAAUAUAUUUCAGUGCUUUGCGCUAUAAGUAGUUAAUGAUCAUAUCUUGUUUUGUAUAUUAUUACUACACAUUUAAAAGAAAUAUAAAAUUUUACCACAUAAUUGUUAUUCUGAUUAUUGUAAUUAUAUCUAAGAUUUUAUUAUUAGUGUUUUGUGUUGAAUAUUAUUUUGAUAAAAUGGUAUGAUAACCAAUUUUGUGUUUAUCUUUUAUGUUGAGUAAAAUAAAUAUAUAUAUUAAAAUUUACAUGAAAUACCUUUCCAUUGGUGUCCAUUUUUUGACAGGUAUAUUUUGCAGCGAUACUGAGGGUCUCUGGGGGAAAAGGAGUCCCUAUCG